UCAAAGACACACAAACAAGAAAACCAUCUAAACACAGACAAAACAGCUGAGUUUUAUUGAAGUCUCUGAUUAAAAAAUUAUUUGUUUUUUCUUCAAAGUACUUAAAAUUGAAUAGAUAGUUGAUAACUCUCUCUCUCUCUCUCUCACUCUCUCCUAUGUAUAACUCAAAUCUACCUUCUCCCUCUUCGUUAUUCUCUCUGAGAAAAACCAACUUCAUUAAUCUGCAAACUCAAGAUGAACUCCAUAGAUGGCCAACUCCAUCUGAGGAUGUUGAGGAAAUUAAAGCCAUAGGUAAGAUAUCAGGACCAACAGCUUUGACAGGUUUGGUCUUGUACUCAAGAGCUAUGAUAUCUAUGCUUUUCUUGGGGUAUCUUGGAGAGCUUGAACUUGCAGGAGGAUCUCUUUCAAUUGGAUUUGCAAACAUAACAGGUUACUCAGUCAUAUCUGGUUUAGCCAUGGGAAUGGAACCCAUUUGUGGACAAGCAUUUGGUGCAAAACAAUGGAAGUUACUUGGUUUAACUUUACAAAGAACAGUUCUGCUUUUACUAUGUUCUUCACUCCCUAUCUCCUUUAUAUGGCUAAACAUGAAGAAAAUCCUCUUGUUUUGUGGUCAAGAUGAAGAAAUCUCAUCAGUAGCUCAUGUUUAUAUAUCUUUUGCUAUCCCGGAUCUCUUCUUCCUGUCUCUCUUACACCCACUUAGAAUCUAUCUUAGAACUCAAAACAUUACAUUGCCAUUAACAUACUGUUCGGCUGUGUCUCUUAUGCUCCAUGUUCCUCUCAAUUUCCUUUUGGUUGUUUACUUGAAAAUGGGUGUAGGAGGGGUUGCAAUAGCCAUGAUUUGGUCUAACCUAAAUCUCUUCAUCCUGUUAUCGGCGUUCAUUUACUUCUCCGGUGUGUACAACGAUUCUUGGGUCUCACCUAGUAUGGAUUGUGUCAGAGGAUGGUCUUCCUUGUUAAAACUAUCUAUACCAACUUGUCUUUCAGUGUGUUUGGAGUGGUGGUGGUACGAAUUCAUGAUAAUCCUGUGUGGCCUACUUGUUAACCCAAAAGCAACAAUUGCCUCAAUGGGGAUUCUUAUUCAAACCACUUCACUGGUUUAUGUAUUUCCAUCAGCUCUGAGUUUAGGAGUAUCGACACGAGUCGGUAACGAACUAGGCGCAAACCGACCGGCUAAAGCUCGUAGAGCUAUGAUUGUUUCACUCCUAUGCGCAAUUAUAUUAGGCCUAGUGGCUAUGUCAUUUACUAUUCUGAUGCGACAUCGAUGGGGUCGUUUUUUCACCAAUGACUCGGAGAUUCUGAACUUAACAGCAGUGGCAUUGCCGAUUGUAGGAUUAUGUGAACUUGGGAAUUGCCCACAGACAACAGGAUGUGGGGUUUUAAGAGGAAGUGCAAGGCCUACAAUUGGUGCAAACAUCAACUUGGGUUCAUUUUACUUGGUAGGAAUGCCGGUUGCUAUAUUCAUGGGAUUUGUGGUUAAGAUGGGUUUUGCUGGUUUAUGGAUUGGAUUACUUGCUGCGCAAGCGACAUGUGCAUUGCUGAUGUUGUUUGUGUUAAGAAGAACGAAUUGGAUUGAUCAAGUCCAAAGGGCGAGAGAUUUAACAGACGAUUCUUCUGCAGCUCCUAGUGCAAUUACAUUGCCAACAUUUGUUGGCAAGGAGGGACAAGAAGUGAUGAGAUUAGAGGAGAUUUUGUGCAGCAGCAGUGAUGAUGAUGAUGGGUCUGUAAAGUCAAUCUCAUUAGACACAGACCCACUUAUUAUAUCAAACAAUUAAUUACGACGAUAAUCAAGGAUUGAAAAUACUUUUGUUAUCUUUUUCAUGACAAUUAUUGACUUCAGUAAAUUUGUAAUAAGUACUGGUGAUUCUCUAUUACAAUCAAAUCUAAACCUAAAGUGCCCACCCCUUUUCUUUUCUUCUA